CUUCUCCUUCGUUGAAGCUCCCUUCUUCCAUUCGUUUAUUUAUUGUUUCGCUUCCACCCCUUUCCAGCUCUUACGCUUAACUUGACUACAAAGGGCCACGCCUUGCCCAGACUUCACAAAAAUCCACUCUCCAGUCAUUGGUAGGUUUCCAUGUUUGUUUUCAUUGUCCCACUCUCUUCCUGCGUCGCUCAAAUAGAUCUGCUUGCUUCCGCAUCAGCUGUCGAGUGAGCCCGAUACUGCAUGUCAGAAUCUUGCAGCCAGUCUUGGAAGACAGGCUUCUAAAAUCACCCACCAUCACGAUUCUUCCAAGGCUAACGUCAAGUUCUGGAUUCGAACAGUCUAAACUCAACUCGAAACAAUGGCCAUCAUCAAAUACGCUAUUCCCGCCAUCGCUGCGGCCCAGGUCGCCCUCGCUGCCAGCUGUGGUAGCAGCGGCAGCACCAUCAAGAUCGCCAGCCAGAGCGAUGCCGACAGCUACGCCACUUGCACGAAGCUCACCGGUGACGUUGAGAUCAGCGAGAGCUUCUCUGGUGACCUGAGCAUCAACGGUCCCUACGAGAUCACCGGUGGACUCUCUAGCGAUGGCGCCAGCAACCUCACCUCGCUCACCUCCACCAGCCUUGCCACGAUCGGCGACACCUUCAAGCUGAACGGUCUGACCACCCUGACCACCCUCAGCUUGACCAACCUGAGCAGCGUCGGUGCCAUCUCCUGGACCGCCCUCCCUGAGCUCCAGUCUCUCGACUUCACCAAGGGUGUCUCCGAGGCUGGCGAUGUCGAGAUCACCAACACCGGUCUGACCAGCUUGGAUGGUAUCUCUCUCAAGAGCGUCGGCACUUUCGACAUCACCGAGAACACCAACCUGAAGACCGUCAACGUCAACGACCUGACCAACGCCACUGGUCUGAUCAACUUCGCUGGUAACCUGGACUCUCUCCAGAUUAUCCUCCCCAACCUUGCCGGUGGUACCAACAUGACCUUCCGCAACGUCAGCGCCGUCUCUAUCCCCUCCCUCAAGGAGCUGAGCGGACAGCUCGGCUUCUGGGGCAACUCUUUCUCCAACUUCAGCGCUGCCAACCUCACCAGCACUGGCGAUCUCGUCUUCGACGACAACUCCGACCUUACCAACAUCAGCAUGCCCGUCCUCAAGACCGUCAACGGUGGUUUCCAAAUUGCCCGUAACGACAAGCUCGAGGAGAUCUCUUUCCCCGACCUUGAGACUGUUACUGGUGCCAUUGACUUCAGCGGUGAAUUCAACUCUGUCUCUCUUCCCGCUCUCGAGGAGGUCAAGGGUGGUUUCAACGUCCAGAGCACCGGUAACCUGACCUGCAGCACCUUCGAGAAGAUGCACAGCAACAACGUCAUCCGUGGUACCUACAAGUGCACCCAGACCUCCCACCCCACCACUAAGGACGGCUCUUCCGGCACCACCACUUCCACCAGCAGCACCAGCUCCGCUUCUUCCACCUCCAGCGACAGCGCCUCUGUCAUGAACAUUGUCAACGUCCCCGCCAUGGGUGCCGCUGCCAUCUUCGGUGCUUUCGUCCAGUACCUUUUGUAAAGGGCCUCCGAUAGUGAUUGUUUGCGUGUGCCGCUUUUAUUAAACCCCUAUGAUGGUCGUUGUGUGUAAAGUUGCUUAAGGAGCAAUUGGUCGUUAUUCCCAGUACUCUGCUGUUCUUAUGAUAAUAAUUUGAAUAUUGGGUUGAGCAACAUUUGCGCAGCAGUGCUUGCCUUCGAAGAAAUGAUGGUUUAUUCUUGUGUUUAUCCUGCUUAAUAUGGAGACGCGGCCACGGGCUUGUGGACGGUUCGCCCUUUGGCCGCCCGCAUCCAACGCUGGGUUGGAUUGUGGCCACCGGGCUUUCGCCCCCAGUGAGCGGUCUCGACGUGUGUUAUAGACGUUCCUUUGCUGUUUUACGCUGCUUCGUUGCAUGCUAGUGCAUUGCUUUUGUACUUGAUUAAUUCAUCGUCCAUACUUGAACCUAUCGAAUCCCCCUCUUUCUUUU